ACGAAGCUAUCUUUCUUCCUCCUCGGCCACAAGACCUACUGCUGCGUAUUCAAGCGUCGACUCGAUUUUACUGCUGGCUUGGCGUAGAGGAAGGCCUGGUAGCCGUAGCCUUAGAUAAUCUCCUUGGCUCGCCAGAAAAGGGUCAGCACCAGCCACAUUCCUUCACGACGACAACGAAAGUGACAGGAUGGCUCCGUGGAAUGGACCAAAGACAAAGGUGCAGCUGAAGCUGAGCUCGCAGCGAUGCAGCCUGCUCCAGGAGAAGAAGAACGCGAUUGCGAAAAAGGAUCGAAGAGAGAUUGCGUCUUUGGUCGAGCGAGGCAAGAUCGAGACGGCCAGGAUCAAGACCGAGGGGCUCAUCGGCGAGGACAUCCACGUUGAGCUGCUCGAGAUCAUGGAGCUCUACACUGAGACGCUCAUUGCCCGAUUUGCGCUCCUGGAGAUGAACAGCCGCGAACCCGAUCCUUCCAUCAAGGAGCCUCUGUGUGCUAUCAUCCAUGCCGCGCCGCGAAUCGAGCUGCGCGAGAUGCACGCACUGCGCGAGAUGCUCAUGACAAAGUACGGUCGAGACUUUGCCUUGGCGGCCAUGGAAAACACGGACAACUGCGUGGGCGAUCGAGUCAUCAGCAGGCUCAAGGUCGAGACGCCCAGCAAGGAGCUCGUCGACAUGUACAUUGCCGAGAUCUGCAAGGUCUACGACGUGCCCUUCUCUUCGCCCUACCUCAGCAAAGACGCCGAAAUCGCUGAUGAUGUGCUUGCCGAGCCCGAUCCUAAGCCACAUGCGGCUGCCGAUGGGCCAUUGCCCGCCGUCCAGCUGUCCAAAGAGGGGCAAGCCUCUGCUGCGACAAAGUCAGACGCCGACAUUGCCAGUGCCCUCGGCACUGUCUCAGGGGCAGACGGGCAGAGCAAAACACUGGCAAGCAAAGAAAAGGGGCAACCACAGGAUGAGGAAAAGGCCCGAUUGGACGAUCUCGAGAAGCGCUUUGCCGCUCUCAAGAAGCGUUGAAUCGCCUACUUGUAUUUCUUAAUUGGGUCAACAUGGUAAAUGUGAGGUCCGCAGUAGAGAUGAUUGAAAAUAAUCGGCUUGGAUUUGUGACUGU